CCAGUCGGCGGUAACGCUUUCAGGAAAUGUUGGAGAAACUGUUUGCUAGAACAGCUUUAUCCGUUUGAGGUCGUCAUCACAUUAUCAUAUUUAUGGAUGUGUCAUUUGCAGAAAGAUGUGCUUGAGAUAAAUAUGUGUUUAUUUCUGAGUAGCUAAACCCCUUUCUGUUUGAGUUUUGAACUGCUAUAAUGAGCUCAGCAGGAGACAGACGGCGCUCCUCCAUGAAGUCUCAGAUUUCUGAUCCCGUUCCCUUACAGAAUAAAUGUUAUUGUUUGAUCUUUAGCUGUGUGGGAACAUGAAAGCAGAGGCUUCAGAUGGAGAAACAUUAGAAGAAACAUUAGAAGUGUCUGAAGUAAAAAAAGAGGAGACGCUGGAGCUGAAGAUUGACGACUAUGAGGACGACCUCGACAACACACCUGAAGAUAUCUCAGUUAAAGAGGAAGAUCCUGACAUUAAAAACUACCUUUACUGUGAGAUUUGCAAAUCCAUCUUCUUCAAUAAGUGUGAGGUUCAUGGACCGCCCCUUUUCAUCCCUGAUACUCCCGCUCCCAUGGGGGUCACCGAGCGAGCCAGACAAACUCUUCCUCCUGGACUGGAGAUUCAGAAGUCUGGUAUUCCUAACGCAGGCCUGGGAGUGUUCAAUACGGGGGAGACUGUUCCAGUAGGUGCACACUUCGGACCCUACCAGGGAGAGCUGGUAGACAGAGAGGAAGCCAUGAACAGUGGAUACUCCUGGGUGAUAUGCAGGGGCAGGCAAGGUGAAAAAUACAUAGAUGCCAAAAGAGAAAUGCAUGCAAACUGGAUGAGGUUUGUAAAUUGUGCUUGUGAUGAUGAACAGAACCUUGUGGCAUUUCAAUAUCAAGGAGGAAUUCUGUACCGUUGCUGUCGACCAAUUAACCCAGGACAGGAGCUCUUGGUGUGGUAUGAAGAGAAGUACGCAAAAGAACUCAGUCCUGCAUUUAACCAGCUCUGGGACAGAAAAUGCUUCACAAAUGAAAUAAACAACGCACAGGUGCAAGUCUUUUCCUGCUCCACAUGUCCUCUUUCCUCUUCAUCUCAAAUUUACCUAGACAAACACAUCCAGAGCUGCCACUAUGAGGAGAAUGUGAGACUGCAAGAACCCCAAGAGAUUAAGUAUGAGAUUCAGGUCAUUUCCAAAGACUCUAGUAGUCAGCCAUCAUCAUCUGAUAUUCUCAGUUCUGACACUCACAAAUGUAUAAGGAAGAAGAUGAUUCACCACUGUACAGCCUGUGAAAAGAACUUUGGUCAUCAGGAUGCACUUAAAACACACCAGUGCAGUCAAGCAGGAGAAAAACCACACUGCUGCUCACAGUGUGGAAAGAGAUUUAGCAAAAGGAUUAAUCUCCACAAACACCAGCGCAUUCACACAGGCAAGAAACCCCAUCAGUGUUCACAGUGUGGAAAGAGUUUUACUCUUCCAAGUGCUGUCCUAGUCCAUCAGCGGAUCCACACAGGAGAGAAGCCGUAUCGCUGUUCACAAUGUGGCCCCAUCUCCUCAUCAUGUGUCAUCAGACAGUUACAGCAUCCACAUCAUAACAUCAUGCCACCCAAGGGAAAGGUACAAGGAAAAUCCAAGAAAAGCAGUUCUCAUCCACAACUAUCUCCUGUUAGUCCUGCUUAUAUGGUCUCAGAAAAAGAAGGUGAAACUAAUCCUGCUAAUAAUGAGUCAGCUUCAGGCACACCUGCUCCAGAAUUAACCAAGAAGGCCAGAGCUCCCGCACUUACAUUGAAGCCUGAACAGGAGCAGGAAGUAGUUGACUGGUACAGGGAAAAUGAAUUUCUGUACAAUUUUGAAAUGGCUGACCACAAAAAUAGAGAAAAGAAAAGCAGAGUGGUUUCAGAGAAGGCACAGCAGUUGGGCAUCACAGUUGACCAGUUGACUACCUGGUUGAAGUCUAUGAGAGAUAGGACUGGGAAACUUACCAAGAAGCAGCCGUCUGGGUCAGGAACACUUCCAAUGACCGACAGAGACAAGUGGCUACUAGAGAAUUUUGGCUAUAUUCAGAACUUCAUGAAGAGGGUGGCAGAGGGAAAAAGAAAUAAGCGAGGUCAACCGUCCUCCAGGGCUGGGACUUGUACUCAGUCUGCUGAUGUCGCAGUGACUUCACCUGCCGAUGACAGCAAUGAGGAGGAUGGAGAUCCUGAAUCAGGGUCUAGCAUAGUCUCAAAGAGGUCAACUCAACCUAAGAAGAUGAUCCCUGUAGAGCUUUCAUCAAUACCCACUGCAGCUGCUCUCAGUGAAAAGGCAGCUGAUUUGCAAGAUGUCCUUAAGCAUACAGCACAACCACAUGAUGAUGAGAUGGGAUCGAGGAGGGCAAUGGCAGAGAUGAUUUAUCAUGAAACCAGGCUCAUGGAUGCUGAUACGUGGCAGGAAUGCCAAGCUGCUAUAUUUCAGACCUUGAUGCACUUUAAGACUGUCAGUCGCCAGAGACAGCUUGUACCUCUUCACGCUCCUUGGUCCUAUCAGCCGACCCCUGGCCCUUCGUGGGUGUACCAGCCUGCUGCUUCCUUGUCGCCCCAGCCAGCAGCUUUCAUGGCCUUCCAGGCACCUGCAUGCUCUCCUCCUUCUUUUCAGCAUCUUGCAGUGCCUUCUCCUUCGUCACUGCAGCCACCUGCAAGUCCGGCAGUACCAAACUGCUCCAUUGCCCAGGCAGCUCUCCACCCCAGGACCAAUGUUAUCUGAUGCUGAGGCAUUUUUCAUCAGUUAGGCUCCUACAGGCCAUAACUCUUGUCCAGACAAGCACUCCCAGGAUGCCUAAUGACACCUUUUUCAUGAUGCGUGAUUCGGGCACUUACGAUGAGGAUUCUGGCGAUGAGGACAAGUAAAAUGUUUUCUGCAAGACCCCACUUUUUAUGGUGUCACAGUUUAUUGGGCCGUUACUAGUAGUUCUCGGAAAGAAGUAGAAAAUCAGCAACAACACCAAAUUAAUUUCUGGGAUUCCUG